CCAACGGCUCUUCAUCCAAUGCCAUUAGCCAGUUUCUUCUUCCAAUUUCUUCCUUCCAUUCACACAGUGCUAAAACCCUAGAAAUUUGCAAAUUUGUAGUCGCUUCUGCUCUUCACAAGUCGAAUCUAAAUCGGUCGGUUAUAAUGGGUUCUUCGAGAAGUUGGCUGAAAUCUCUCAUCAGUCACAGAAAGCCUCAUCCAGUUACAGAACAAGAGAAAGUUGGGGAUCGGAACAAGAAGAAAUGGAGGUUAUGGAGGAGCGUAUCUGAUGGGUAUGGAUCUUCGGGUAAAAUUACAAAGAAGGAAUUUGUUGAAUCGACAGAAUCGCACGAUUCGAAGCUUUUGGCUAACGCUGUGGCUGCAGUUGCUCGAGCUCCAUUGAAGGAUUUCGUGGUGGUGAGGCAACAUUGGGCUGCCGUUCGAAUCCAGACGACUUUUCGGGGCUUCUUGGCAAGAAGGGCACUGAGGGCAUUGAAGGCAGUGGUGAGACUUCAGGCCAUAUUCCGGGGUCGGCAAGUGAGGAAGCAAGCGGCCGUGACACUGAGGUGUAUGCAGGCACUACUCCGAGUUCAAGCCAGAGUUAGAGCAAGAUCAGUUACUGCAGAUGUCGACCAAGAAGAAGCUGAUCCAAUCAAGCAGGCUGAGAAGGGAUGGUGUGACAGUCCGGGAACUGUGGAAGAAGUGAAAAACAAGCAUCAGAUGAGAAGAGAGGGAGCUGCUAAGAGGGAAAGAGCUCUUGCUUAUUCCAUCUUACAGCAGAGAUCAAAAUCAUGUGCUAGUCCAAACCGUGGCCCAAGCAAACAAAUGCUCCAACACAGGAAGUUUGACAAGAAUUAUAAGCAACAGGAUUGGGGUUGGUUAGACCGAUGGAUGGCGGCCAAAUCAUGGGAAACUGGUUCUUUGGACACUAUCCCGCCAGAAACGACGCCGUUUUCCCGGAGAAGUGAAGAUGUAGGCUACUUUCCAGAUAGUGUCAGAACUAGAAAGAACAAUGUCACAACAAGAAUCUCAGUUCAACAACCCUCAUCAUCCAAUCAAAUUUCUCGCACUCCAUCUUCCUCUGAGUCCGUAUAUGAUGAAUACUCUGCCUCCACGUCAUCAUCAUCCUCAGCACCGGCGGCGACGACAGGUGAAGAGGAGAUCGGAAGCAAGCCAAGUUAUAUGUAUCCCACAGCAUCGAUCAAAGCAAAGCAGAGAACUUGCGGAGGUAGCAAGAAUUUAUCGACCACAGGCACUUCGAUGGCGGAAGAAAGGCAUUACAAUCCCGACUUCAACGCUUACAAUGGCGAAAAUUUCCUCCAAAUGUACGAUCAACAGCACCAAUUUGAUAUGGGGAGUGAGUUGGAACAAGGGAAUGUUGAUAGUACAAGCAAUGGAAUUAAACAUUCGACGAAUCAUUAUGAUUCUUCUUCCAGUGGCAAACUUUUUGUUGGAGGCGUUGCUUGGGAGACCACUGAAGAGACCUUUAAUGGCUACUUUAGCAAGUAUGGGAAGAUAGCAGAUUCAGUGAUAAUGUUGGACAAACACACUGGAAGGCCACGGGGGUUCGGUUUCGUAACAUUCUGUGAUCCUGCCGUUGCUGACAUGGUUCUGAAGAUAGACCAUGUUAUAGAUGGCCGAGCGGUGGAAGUGAAGAGGACAGUUCCUAGAACUGAUAUGAAUGAUAAAUCGGUAUCAAGAACAAAAAAGAUUUUUGUUGGAGGAAUACCACCUGGUUUAACUGAAGAGGAGUUUAAGGACUACUUCUCUUCUUUUGGUAGAAUUAUAGAACACCAAAUCAUGAUAGAUUAUAAAACGAAGCGGUCUAGAGGAUUUGGAUUUAUCACUUUUGAGAACGAAGAUUCAGUUGAAAAUAUUUUUGCUGGAGAUAAAAUACAUGAGCUUGGAGGCAAGCAGGUGGAAAUCAAGAAGGCUGUACCAAAAAGAGUUGCUUAUGAUGUCAAUAGUAACAAUGCACAUAUGUCUUCAGGAUAUGACAUGUAUAGAUGUGGAGGUUUAUAUGAUGGUAAAAUGGGCACAGAUUUUAGUCGUUACGAUGUAUAUGCUCCGUAUGGUGGGUACGGUGGAAACUAUGCCAAUUUCUACAGUGCAUACAGCUACGGUUUUGGUUAUGGUGGUUCGAUGUAUAUGAAUGGUAGAUUUGGGAUGAAUGGCUACGGCGUCCCCGCAGCUGGAUAUGGAUAUAAUGGAUAUGGAAAAGGAUAUGAAGGAAAUGGUGGUUCAAUGCCUGAGAGAUAUCAUCCAUAUUGAUGUUGAGCAAACUUCUCCUAGAUGGUUUCAAUCGUGAAGAAAGUGAUGAUUGAUUUUGAACACAGGCACAAGUGUUAUUAUCCAUCUUAGUUGCUGUGCAGUUUGAGAUUUUUUCAGUGUAAUAUAAAUAUUGUAGACAAUUUUUCAUUCCUCUAUUAUUGUUGUUUUUCAUUCCUGGGAUAUGAAGAAAUGAUUUGAUUGAUAAAAUGGAACGAUGAACGGAUCGUUUCCUGAGA